AAGCUGAGCGGUGGGUCCAGGUCUUCUCAGCCGGGAGAGAACCCGGCGCGGGCGGCGCCCACCGGUCCCUGCUGUGCGCGCGCCCGCCGCCCGCGCAGCCCUUCAGUUUGCCCCGCGCGUCCCUACCCUGCUCUCUUGUACCACAGGGACAGGGGCUGGGGAGCCGGGCCGGGGCCGGGGCCGGGGCGGGAGUCGCGGGACGAACACUUGAGGUGCCAGAGUUGCCAUGGAGCUGUGCAGCAAGAAGAAGCUUCACGCCCUGUCCCUGGCCGAGAAGAUCCAGGUGCUGGAACUCCUGGAUGAGUCCAAGAUGUCCCAGUCGGAGGUGGCCCGGCGCUUCCAGGUCUCCCAGCCCCAGAUCUCACGCAUCUGCAAGAAUAAGGAGAAGCUGCUGGCGGACUGGUGCAGCGGCACCGCCAACCGGGAGCGCAAGCGCAAGCGGGAGUCCAAGUACAGCGGGAUCGACGAGGCUCUACUCUGCUGGUACCACAUUGCCCGGGCCAAGGCCUGGGACGUGACAGGGCCCAUGCUGCUCCACAAAGCCAAGGAGCUGGCUGACAUCAUGGGCCAGGAUUUUGUGCCCAGCAUCGGCUGGCUGGUGCGCUGGAAACGCCGAAACAACGUGGGCUUUGGGGCCCGCCAUGUUUUGGUGCCUCCAUUGCCCCCUGAGCCACCUCCCCCGGCUCCCACGCCCCAGGCCCAGCUGCCUCUCUCUCUUAAAGAUUUCUCCCCAGAGGACAUUUUUGGCUGUGCCGAAGUGCCCUUGCUAUAUCGGGCAGUGCCCGGCAGAGUGGGCACACGUGAUCGGGUACAGGUGCUGCUGUGUGCCAACAGCAGGGGCACAGAGAAACGGCGGGUGUUGGUCAGUGGGCUCCAGGCUGCCCCAAGGUGCUUCUUUGGGGUCAGCAGUGAGGCUCUGCUUGCCUCUUACCACCCUGACCUGGUUAUCCCCUGGUCAGAGUGGUUGGCACAGUUUGACCGGGACAUGGGGCAGCAGGGCCGACAGGUGGCCUUGCUGCUGGCCGCCCGAGUGGUGGAGGAGUUGGUGGGCCUGCCCCGGCUCUGCCACGUGAGGCUCUUGCCUUUGUCCGCUGCUAGCACCACGCCUUCCCUGCCCAGCUCCGUGGUCCGGGCCUUUAAGGCCCAUUACCGGCACCGUCUGCUGGGCAAGCUGGCGGCGGCCCAGAGUGAGAGGGCUGGCCCCUCGCUGGCUGCGGCCGGGGCAGCCAUCACGGUGCUGGAUGCCCUGCACAUGGCCGCAGCGGCCUGGGCCAAGGUGCCCCUCCAGCUCAUUGUGAGCAGCUUCGUUCAGGAAGGGCUGGCUCCUGGCACAACGCCCCCAGACCCAGACAAAGCCUCUGAGAUGCCGCCAGUCCCUGGUGGGCUGAGCCUCGAGGAGUUCUCCCGUUUUGUGGACCUGGAGGGUGAGGAGGCCAUGUCUGGAGUGUGCAAAGAGGAGGUGAGCCCCGAGGGCGAGGAGGGGCACGGAGAGGAUGGCUUCGAGCCCCUGCCCACCAAAGCCGACGCCCUCCGGGCCCUGAGCACAUUGAGAAGGUGGUUUGAGUGCAAUGGCACCUCCCCUGAGCUAUUUGAAAAUUUCUACGCCUGCGAGGAGGGGGUGGAGCGACUCUGCUGCCUGUGAUGGGCCCUUCCUGCCGGAGCCCCCUCCUCUCCUGUUUCCCAUGGAAACGCCCUCUCUCAGGAGGCAGAUUGGGGGUGGUCUCUUUCCCGUGGAAAUGGAGCUUUUGCGAAGGUGUUGAAGGUAGACAAGUUGGGAGACCAGGUCUAAGCUCUGAACGAAAGUUGUCCAAGCCCCUAGAAGGUUGAAAGCUGGGGCCUCCCGGGGCCCCUAGGUCCUUUGGGGCCCCUAAAGCUAGGCGGGUAGUUUCUGAACCUCUGGAGGCUGGGACUUGGGAAGGUGGAGUUUGGGCUUUACAGACAGGCUGAUCCCUUGAAUUCUGUGUUAAAAACAGUUCUGCUUCUGGAAAUAAAGUUUUUAAACAGAAAA